AUGGAGGAAGUUGCAGCUGCGGUUAUCUUGUCAGCAAAUAUUCCCACCAAAUUUGAAUUUACCGCUGAAGAGGUUGGAGAAUCUCUCGAAUUGAAGAAGGACAACUGUGUGAAAACAAUAUUAACGUGCCUUUACCAAGACAAUGAGUUAAUUCUCUUGAAUGAAACUGUAAGACACACUUGCCCUGAUGAGCCCCCACCAGAGCACAAUUGUAAAGUUGUCGGUCUAGAUUUAAGUGGAUGCUGCAAGAUAUACAGCUGUGAGCAAGGAAAAUCACAAUGUGUACCUGUCAACUACACAGAAACUCUGAGGCUUGAUGGUUGUGAACACAACGUUACCAUGGCUCGCUGUGCAGGACAGUGCGAUUCUUCUACAGAGUACAAUGCACUGACCAACCGCAUCAUGCACAAAUGUGGCUGCUGUGUGCCAAUGAAUUAUGAGAAAAAGACUGCACUGCUGCAAUGUGAAAAAGGACCCCCAAAAGCCAAGGAAUAUGUUGUGUUGAAAAAUUGUGAAUGUGAUUAUAAGAUUUGCAGACAUGAAACCAAAUACACAACACAAAGCUAAAUGUAGGAAUGGAUUUUUCAAAUGCAAAUUAAAUGUUAUAGUUGUUGCAUUCUUUUAACAGCUUUGUGAUGUAAACGUUGUCCCAUUAA